ACUAUUUUUACAAUUAUCUUAUUAAAGUUUAAUAUAAGAAGUAUUUUUUGUUCUUAUUGUCUAUCAAUUUUCAAUCAUUAUGGAUCAAGAAGAUGAAAAUUGUGAUACGAAAUUGCAAAUCGUGAAUAGAAAAAGGAAAUAUAAUGUUUCCAAAAAGUUUAUUUGUUCAUCUGUGCCUUACUUUGAGAAAAUGUUUUCUUGCGAUUCAUCGGACUCUAAGAAAAAAAAAUUUGAAAUGGAUUUCGACGAACAUGCCUUUGAUGCUUUACUCGACUGGAUUCAUUCUGGAUUCUUCUUCAUUCAAAUGAAUUAUGUGAUUGAUUUUUACGAGGCAGCUGAUUACUUGAUGAUAAAAGAUAGUUUAUUAAAACUUUGUCUUUCUUACUUUCAUGAUAAUUUAACAAUUGAACAUCUUCCAGCCGUUCUAAAGCAAGUUACAAAACUGUCUAAGUUGAUCAAUUCAGGAUCAAUUGAAAAUUUGAUUUGUCGCCAUUUCUUAAUGAUCACUAAUACGGGUAUUUACCUGGAUUAUCCAGUGGAGAUAAUUGAAGCUAUUCUCAAAUUAGAUUUAAUGGUUUAUUCCGAAUAUCAAGUUUUUGAAUCAAUCAUGAAAUGGGUUAACUAUGGUGUCGAUGCCCGGAAAGCUUUACUUCCACAGCUAUUAAACUGUGUUCGUUGGUCUUACAUGGAUCCUAAUGAUAUUUUCAAGAUAAAAGAUGAUGCAUUCAUCAAGACUCUACAAAAUUUGGAUUUUGUCAAAUCUUCAUCUGUUGAAUUCAAGCGCACCAAUCAAAACUUCUUUAUCUCUAUCCAUCAAGCAGAUACACCAAAACUAAGGAUAAGAGCGUUUGAUAAUGAAUUUUUUUGUUUCACGAUUGGUAAUUUCAGUCAAGAUGAUUCAAUGUCACUUGAAUUUGUUCAUGGAGAACACAUUUCUGAUAUUUUAUUUGAUUCUGGAACCAAAGGUAUUCGAAUUGAUUGGCUUAAACAGACAUUUCGAUGGCUCGACUUCAAAGUUGCUGGCAAAACUUACUACAGUAAAUUAAUGAAAUUCUUUGUUGAGUUUCGGGUUGAUGAUACUGAUUGUUAUUUGGAAGACAAAGAAGCAAAACUUCCUGAUUCGAUUACCGCUGAAGAGUCACUGAUCCUUGAAUCUAAUGGUAAAUUCAUUGUGGUUGGUAAAACUAAAGAUGAGAAGAAGUGGUUUGGUCUUUUCCCAGUUAAACGUCCAAAUUGGUUCAAUAAUUUUGAAGAUCAUGAACACUCUUUUCAAGCCACUGUUUUGGACGAUGUUGUUUAUAUAUUGACAAAGAAUCUCGAAUUCAUCCAAUUCAAUAUUAAAACUCGAUCUUUCGAUAAGAGUGAACCGUUCAAAGAACACGAAUUCAAUUUCGAUGAUUUAAUUUUAACUUCUCAACAGACAAAGGAUGAUAAAGUUAUUUUGGUCAACAAAUCGACUGGAAAAGUGUACAGUUUUUGCAUUAAUCAGAAGGAAUGGAUUGAAAAAUGUUGCAUUAUGAAUGGGAAUUUUUGUUUUGAUAGUUCCUGUGCUUCUGUUGAUAAGUUAAUUUCCUUCACUUCAGCGUUUUUACCGAUCAAAAAUAUCUAUCCUUUGUAUGAGCAUAGUGCUGCUUGAUUUAAUAAUUACCAAUAGCUCACAUUCAGCAGGCUCUAAAUAUUAAGCUUUAAGAUGUGAAUUCAAUAGAGACAUUCAAUGCUGUAUCUCACCAAAAAUAAAACCUUAUAUUUUACUUUCUCAUUUAAA